UUCAAGAUGGCGGUCCGCGGGCGACACUCUCGGGCUCGCGCACCUCCCCAAGAUGGCGGCGCCCGAGGCCUGGCGCGCCCGGAGUUGCUGGUUCUGUGAGGUAGCGGCGGCAACGACCAUGGAGGCCACGUCCCGGGAGGCGGCGCCAGCGAAGAGCUCGGCCUCGGGCCCCAACGCUCCCCCCGCCCUGUUCGAGCUGUGCGGGCGGGCGGUGAGCGCCCAUAUGGGGGUUCUGGAGAGCGGGGUGUGGGCCCUCCCAGGCCCAAUACUUCAAAGUAUCCUACCUCUGCUCAAUAUAUAUUACUUGGAAAGAAUUGAGGAAACUGCCCUCAAGAAAGGCCUCUCCACUCAGGCCAUCUGGCGCCGACUCUGGGAUGAGCUGAUGAAGACAAGGCCUUCCAGUUUGGAAAGUGUGACCUGUUGGCGAGCUAAGUUUAUGGAGGCCUUUUUUUCCCAUGUUCUACGUGGGACCAUUGAUGUGUCUUCUGACAGGCGUCUUUGUGAUCAGCGCUUCUCACCUCUUCUGCACAGCUCCCGCCAUGUCCGACAGCUCACCAUCUGUAACAUGCUGCAGGGUGCAACCGAGCUGGUAGCUGAGCCCAACCGCAGAGUUCUGGAGACACUGGCCAGCUCCCUGCACACUCUCAAGUUCCGCCACCUGCUGUUCUCUGAUGUGGCUGCGCAGCAGUCACUUCGGCAGCUGUUGCAUCAGCUCAUUCACCAUGGGGCCGUCAGUCAAGUGUCACUAUACUCCUGGCCUGUGCCUGAGUCAGCCCUUUUCAUCCUUAUUCUCACCAUGAGUGCUGGCUUCUGGCAACCAGGGCCUGGUGGCCCACCCUGCCGCCUCUGUGGAGAGGCCUCUCGAGGCCGGGCCCCAUCCCGAGAUGAAGGGUCCCUCUUAUUGGGCUCACGCCGGCCUCGCCGGGAUGCCGCUGAGCGAUGUGCUGCAGCCUUGAUGGCCAGCCGGCGUAAGAGUGAAGCCAAGCAGAUGCCCAGAGCUGCACCUGCCACUCGGGUAACACGCCGGAGCGCACAGGAGAGCCUGAUAGCAGGCGGAACAGACCUUAAGAGGGAGCUGCACCCGCCAGCCACCUCCCAUGAGGCUCCUGGCACCAAGCGGCCACCCCCUGCUCCAGCAGCCACCUCCUCUGCCUCUUCUUCUACAUCCUCAUACAAACGGGCACCAGCUAGCUCAGCCCCACAGCCUAAGCCCCUAAAGCGUUUCAAACGAGCUGCAGGGAAGAAGGGUGCUCGUGCCCGUCAGGGGCCUGGUACAGAGUCUGAAGACCUGUAUGACUUUGUUUUUAUUGUGGCUGGUGAGAAGGAGGAUGGUGAAGAGAUGGAGAUUGGGGAAGUGGCUUGUGGAGCUCUGGAUGGAUCAGAUCCCAGCUGCCUGGGGCUUCCAGCACUGGAAGCUUCACAACGAUUCCGCAGCAUCUCCACCUUGGAGCUAUUCACAGUUCCACUUUCCACAGAGGCAGCCCUGACACUAUGCCACCUGCUGAGCUCCUGGGUGUCACUGGAGAGCCUCACACUCUCCUACAAUGGCCUGGGCUCUAAUAUCUUCCGCCUGCUGGACAGUCUGCGGGCCCUGUCAGGCCAGUCUGGAUGUCGCCUCCGUGCCCUGCAUCUCAGUGACCUGUUCUCACCACUGCCCAUCCUGGAGCUGACGCGUGCCAUCGUACGAGCACUGCCCCUGCUACGGGUCCUCUCUAUUCGUGUUGACCACCCAAGCCAGCGGGACAAUCCUGGUGUGCCAGGGAAUGCAGGGCCCCCUAGCCACAUAAUAGGGGAUGAGGAGAUACCAGAAAACUGCCUGGAGCAGUUGGAGAUGGGAUUUCCACGGGGAGCCCAGCCAGCUCCACUGCUCUGCUCCGUACUGAAGGCCUCGGGUUCUCUGCAGCAGCUGUCCCUGGAUAGUGCCACCUUUGCCUCUCCCCAGGAUUUUGGGCUUGUUUUGCAAACACUCAAAGAGUACAACCUAGCCCUGAAAAGACUGAGUUUCCAUGACAUGAAUCUGGCUGACUGUCAGAGCGAGGUGCUCUUUUUGCUACAGAAUCUGACUCUGCAAGAGAUUACCUUCUCCUUCUGCCGUCUGUUUGAGAAGCGCCCAGCCCAAUUUCUGCCUGAGAUGGUUGCUGCUAUGAAGGGCAACUCCACACUGAAGGGCCUCCGGCUGCCAGGGAACCGCCUGGGGAACGCUGGCCUGCUGGCCCUGGCAGAUGUUUUCUCAGAGGAUUCAUCCUCCUCUCUCUGUCAGCUGGACAUCAGUUCCAACUGCAUCAAGCCUGAUGGGCUUCUGGAGUUCGCCAAGCGGCUGGAGCGCUGGGGCCGUGGAGCCUUUGGUCACCUGCGCCUCUUCCAGAACUGGCUGGACCAGGAUGCAGUCACAGCCAGGGAAGCUAUCCGGCGGCUCCGGGCUACCUGCCAUGUGGUUAGCGACUCAUGGGACUCAUCCCAGGCCUUCGCAGAUUAUGUUAGCACCAUGUGACGGGGCCCGUACCUCACAGGCUCAUGCUCGGUACCAUCAGCUUGCAGGGGCUGAAGCAUGGGCUGCCCAGAUCCCGAGCACCAGUUCUGUAUUUCUCUUUCUGUCACCCUUUUUCUCUUUUUUUCUGUCUUCCCUUGCACUGAGGUCCUGGAGGCCUUGAUGAGGCCCAGCCAAGAGGCAUUCUCACAGCUGAGUUUAGAGCCUUUGGGCCCCUUACUCAGUAUCCUGGGAACCCUGGGCCAGGAGGUUACAGUGGUCAUCAUCAUUGCUGAAGAAAUCCAUUCCCCUGACCCUGGGUUCCUGCUUUCCCUCCUCAUGCAGGCACCCAGGCUUUAGAGAAGUAUAAGGGGCCUCUUCCCUGCUGGGCUUAUCACACUGCUCUCAGGCCUCAAACCCUUUCAUACCUUUAUUCUUUUUUUUUUAACCAAAAAAAGUUUUUCUUAUAAAAUAAAUUUUGGGCAAACAUCA